AUGCCCAAGAUCAAAGGCUACACGCCUGCCUGGCUGGACAAACCAGCUCCGGGUUCCAACCUGUUUUCACCCUCUACAGACGAGUCCAAGCGCUCUGCCUUCUCCUCCCAAGCAAAGUCGAAACCCGGCCCCACGCGCACCAUCGCUCGCUCCGGAUCCCAGGUCUUUGUCGCCGUCGGGAAGGAGGUCAGAUGGGCCGACCUGAUCGACUUGAAAGAGAGAUGGCACGACAGAACAACAAGAGGCCGCUCCGGGAUCAGCGUCAAGCACGAGCACCAUGACGAGCUGCUGCGAGCUGCUGCUGAAGAGGACUACGCUGGCUUUCGAACCAUCAACGUUCCUGUCGGGUCUGAUAUCAGCCAGCUGGUCAUUUCGCCGUUCGCCGACUACCUGGCUGUCUUGACCACACACACCAUUCGUAUUUGUGCCGUCCCUGACCUCUCAUAUCUUUCGCAGCCUAGCAAUGAGGUCAUCAAGCCGAAAUGGUGGACUCUGGGCCCGACAACCCAUGUCGUCGACCGUUCUCCCGUCGCGUCUGCAUUAUGGCACCCGCUGGGAGUCAAUGGCUCGGCCCUCGUGACCGUCACCACUGAUGCUGUCGUGAGGGUCUGGGAACUAAACCCGCUUGACCGAUGGUCCUUCGACAAGCCUACUUUAACCAUUGAUUUGAUCAAGCUGGCAGACGGCACGUCGCUAGAGCAGAACUUUGCUGCUUCCACCGACACCACGCGGAAAGGAUUCUCGGCCGACUCCUUCGAGAUGGAUGUCGCUUCCGCCUGUUUUGCUGGUAGGGGUUCCGGUGGCUGGGCUCCCAUGACGCUAUGGGUGGCCAUGAGGGAAGGGGACGUAUAUGCCCUCUGUCCACUACUCCCAAGCAGAUGGUCGCCGCCACCCACUCUGAUCCCGUCCCUAACCGUGGGUAUCAUGGCCAAUCUUGCGGCCAACGAAGAUGACCCGGUCGUUUCCCAGGGCGCAAAGCUGCUGACCCAGCAGCAACUCGACUGGAUGACCGACAUCGAUAAUCAGGACCCAGUCGAAAUAGACGGACCUCUAGGAGAGCCGCCGGCCGAGGUAUACACGCGGCCCACCAGACCAGGGAUAAUCCCGCGGUUGCAAGGGCCAUUCGACCUGGAGAUGAGUCCUGAUACUGAGGAUGAUCUAGACGUAGAGUUGACUGACAUAUUCACAAUUGGACAAAAGCUCGACACAGAUGAACUCAUGAUGGGCGAGGACGAAGAGCUUGAAGUCGACGACAUGGAUCACGAGGGCUUGUCUCUGAAUGUUGUCUGCCUUUUAUCAUCAAGCGGCCAGUUGCGUAUUUGUCUUGAUGUGGAAGGCGUCCAGGCACAAUGGUUACCACCCCGAAGCAAAUCCAGAAUUAUCAGACAAGAGGAGGAGCCUAUACCGGCUUUAUUAACAUUCCAGACGCUUGAUACCCUGGGCAGUCUAGAGAUGGCCGAAGAUGCUUGGCCAAUGUUCAGCCCAGAUGUCACAUCUCGAUACGCAUUCUACGUUACGAACACUGCCAGCAUCACCUAUAUAUCAUUGUCACCUUGGGUAUUCAGGCUAGAAAAGGAACUCCAGAGCGACUCCGAGGCUGGGUCUGAUUUCAGGAUCGACUUGCUUGUGAAGGGACAAAGUUCAACCCGCGAAAGACUCCAUAGGAUCCCAGUCGAACCAUCUCAGCCUAUCCCGGCAGUAGUCGCAAUCCGCGACCCUGACCUUGGCUACAUGCUUCUGACAGCCACUCCGGAUGGGCCCCUCAGCAUCAUGUUUGAGAUGCCGGUAGACGACUUCGAGCCAGUUGGUUCUGCCUCGCCCGUCGUCAUUGAGAAGGAUGAGGCACAGCCCCUGGACUUCUAUGAGCCACGUCCCACAUUCCAGGCACCACAUAUCUUCGAGAAAGGUUCAGCAUUGCCUGAAUUGCUUGUCAAACUCAACACUAGCAAACACAAGGCUAUUGUACACCAGGAGAUUCGGCUUUCGCCCGUUACGCUGCAGGUAUUCACCGAUGCGCAUCAGAUUCUUAGUGGGGAGACGCAUCGUCUGGGCACCGCAGCAUCGGAGCUAUUUCGAAGACUUGAGAACUUACAGCUCGAGCUCAGGAAACAAAUCUCCAAGGCCAACGAAGUCAAGUCCAGAGUCGAUGCCAUUACAGGAGAAGAUCAAGCAGGCGAGCCAGAAACAAGCAGCGCCGCUGUCGAGCGGAGGCUCCAGGCCGCCAAGGAAAGAGGAGAAAGACUCAGCCAGCGCUUGGAGAACAUGCGCCGCACUGUCGGUAAGGCGACGACGCGCGAGCUAAGCGACAAAGAGAAGGCAUGGAUUGGUGAAGUGAAGGGUAUGGAUGCCAGCAUCACUGGCUCGGGCGGCCCGCCAGUGGACGGUUCAUCACGCUUCAAACAGCUCGGCAAUAGAUACAAUGAGGCUCUACACCUGAAAGAAGAGCUUACAGCGCAGGCAGAGAGCCUCGCCAAGCCGUCUGGCAAUGGAGAAGAGUCGGGUGCUUUAGCGCCUGAUCUUCGUAUCCCGACGGAUCUCAGACGAAAUAAAAUCAGCAAUGUCCGUGGGCUUCUGGAGCGUGAGACGGCAUUAGUAGACGCAGUCAAAUCAAGGCUCGAACGACUAGCUGUCACCACUUAG